AUGACCACCAAGGCCGUCGUUUUUGUCGAGAAGGGCAGGGCAGAGGUCCAGAGCGUUCCCGUGCCCAAGCUGCGCGAUGAGUACAUGCGCGUUAGUGUCAAGGCCGUCGGCCUCAACCCCACCGACUGGAAGCACAUUGACAUGCCCAUGGCCGAUGCUGGAGCCCGGAUCGGAUGCGACUAUUGCGGCGUCGUGGAGGAAGUAGGCAGCAAGGUGACCAAGAAGUUUGGCAAGGGCGACCGUGUCGCCGGCUUUGCACAUGGAGGCGACCUUACGCAGCAUGAGAACGGUGCCUUUGCCCAGCAGAUUGUCGUCAAGGGCGAUGCCCAGAUGAAGCUGCCGGACAACGUCAGCGACACGGACGCUGCCACGCUGGGCGUCUCCGUCGUCACAGUCGGCCAAGGAUUGUACCGCACCCUCGGUCUGCCCCUGCCAACCGAGCCCGCCCACAACGAGGAUUAUGUUCUCAUCCACGGUGGCAGCACAGCCACGGGCAUCUACGGCAUUCAGUUCGCCCGCCUCUCCGGGUACAAGGUCGUUGCGACCGCGUCGCCCCAUAACUUUGGCUACCUCAAGGAGCUGGGCGCUGAGCAGGUGUUUGACUACAAGUCGCUCACUGUCGGCGAGGAUAUUCGCAAGUAUACCGACAACAAGCUCAAGCUGGGCUGGGACUGCACCGGCUCUGGUAGCAAGAUCAUCGCGAGCGCUCUGAGCAGGGACGGCGGCAAGUACGCCGCCAUCAUCCCCCCCAACGAGGACGAGAUUAAGAGCGUCAACCCCAACGUGGACGGACCCCACACCACACUCGGAUAUGCCGUCCUCGGCGAGUCCUUUUCCAAGUUUGGCAAGGACUUCCCCGCCCAGCCCGAGGAGUAUGAGUUCGUCAAAAAGUUUACUAGCAUUGCCCAGCAGCUCCUCGUCGACGGCAAGCUCAAGGCGCCGCGCGUUAUCCUGAACAGGGGCGGCACCGGCCUCGAGAGUGCCCUCAAGGGUCUCGACGAGCUGCGGGGGAACAAGCUCGGCCGCUUUGGGGAUAUCCUCGCAACAACACCAUACAUGGAUGCGCGGUACUCGUACGUCGACACGCUGCUGCACUGUUUCGGUAACUCGGGCGACCCCUUCGAUGUAUUACAGACUGCGCUCGACCAUAUUUUUGACAUGCUGCUCAAGGAUCGCUCUGAUAGUUCGGCCGUGGGCAAUAUAAUCCCCAAUAUAAACUAUGAUCAUGGCGACAUAAGCAUUCCUUACAUCGACAUCGAGAAAGCCGGCAUGUUUGAGAGCCUGGAUGUGGCAUGGCUGGACGAGCACUCAAUGGAGCUCCGUCCCGUCGUGGUUGUUGCGCUCACCAAAGUGCGAAUACUGCUCUAUUUGCAGGCCAUGCGUAAUUCAGACAUGCCCCCCGCGGCGUUUUUCCUGCCGAGAUUCGAGACCUCAUCCGUGACCAGCUUGUGA